CAUAAAAUAUUCAGCAUCCUCAGGCAUCAGCGCACCGUCAAGAAUGCCGCUUCAGUACUGUCAAUUGAACUUGUAAUGCAUGGCAGAUACUUUACACUCUCAGAAUUUCGGACGGGAAAAUAAGGACUUAUGCCAUUGAAGCUGGGAUUUAGUGCAAGAACAUAUCUUUAUUUUAUUAAUUGUAUAGUCUGCUUUGACGUUGGAACUUAAACUGGAGUAUGCUAAUACAUAUUUAAUUGGACUGCGCGUUUGUCUUCGUAUUUCUUGAUUUGGUCUACAAAACGUUCUGUAUGUAAAGUUAAUUAAUACUUUGAAUUUGGAAGGAUUUCAAAUAUGUGGACCUUUCUUGGGAUCGCAAGUUUUACUUAUAUGUUUAAAAAAUGCGACGCUGUAAUCGAUUUUGCCCACAAAGAAAUCGUCCUGGUUGCCGUGGCGUUUAUCUCAGUAGGCUUGCUUUUGACCUAUGCCAGAUAUCGCUAUGGACAAUCGAUUAAAGUUCCGCAGAUAAUACAUUUGCCACUGGACAUACUGUCAGCCCUUCCACUCACAAAUAGGUUAUUCUCAAAAUCAUCAAUUUCGCAUUACGGGAGUUCUGCAAGCUCAAAAAAGGCGAGCGCCAGGAGAAAACGAACAGAGGUGCAGACAGCAUCCAAUGUGGAGACCGGGGCAAAUGGCACCGCCACCACUGACCAUGAGCCGGACAUCCUUAUCGUGGGUGCCGGGGUGUUGGGUUCUGCUAUGGCAGCGGUCCUUGCCCGAGACGGCCGGCGGGUGACGGUGAUAGAGCGGGACCUCCGCGAGCCAGACCGGAUCGUGGGAGAACUGCUCCAGCCUGGAGGCUACCGAGCCCUGAAAGAACUGGGGCUGGAGAGUGCCGUUGAGGGCCUGGACGCUCACGUGGUCAACGGUUACGUGAUCCAUGACAUCGAGACCAGCACCGAGGUGGAGAUCCCCUACCCUCAGGAGGAGAACGCCAUCCAGUGCGGCCGCGCCUUCCACCACGGCCGCUUCAUCAUGGGCCUGCGGCGUGCCGCCCUUGCUGAGCCCAACGUGAAGUUCAUUGAAGGAACGGUGACGAGUCUCGAGGAGGAGGAUGGCUGUGUGACGGGGGUCCAGUACAGAGAGAAGGAGAGUGGCGACACCAAGGAAAUUCAUGCUCCACUCACUAUUGUGGCAGAUGGCUGCUUCUCCAAGUUCCGCAAGAGCCUGGUGUCGGGAAAAGUCCAAGUUUCCUCUCACUUCGUAGGGUGCAUCAUGAAGGAUUCUCCCCAGUACAAGGACCACCAUGCUGAACUGGUCUUGGCUGACCCCAGCCCAGUGCUUGUCUACCAGAUCUCCUCCACAGAGACCAGGGUGCUGGUGGACAUCAGAGGGGACAUGCCCAGAGACCUGACUGGCUAUAUGGCAGACAAGAUCCACCCUCAGCUACCAGAACAUUUAAGGGAGCCUUUUAUGGUGGCGCUGCAGAAUGAUCGCCUGAGAUCCAUGCCAGCCAGCUUUCUGCCCCCUUCGCCAGUUAACAAACCAGGGGUGCUCCUUCUGGGGGAUGCCUACAACAUGAGACACCCUCUGACGGGAGGCGGGAUGAGCGUGGUCCUGAACGACGUGCGCAUCUGGAGGAGCCUGCUGCAGAGCAUCGCCGAUCUCUAUGACAACGCAGCCAUGCUCCAGGCCAAGAAGAAGUUCCACUGGGAGAGGAAGUCUUCCCACUCCUUUGUGGUGAAUGUGUUGGCUCAGGCGCUGUACGAGCUGUUUGCUGCUACAGACAACUCACUCCAUGAGUUGAGGCGAGCCUGUUUCCAUUACUUCAAGCUGGGUGGAGAGUGCAUCUCUGGACCCAUUGGCCUGCUGUCUGUGCUGACCCCUAAGCCCAUGACCCUGAUCGGGCACUUCUUCGCCGUGGCUCUGUACGCCAUCUACUUCAGCUUCAAGUCCGAGUCUUGGCUCACCAAACCCCGGGCCGUGGUCAAGAGCGGCGCCAUCCUGUACCGAGCCUGCACUGUCAUGUUCCCCCUCAUCUACUCCGAGUUUAAGUACCUGGUGUUCUGAGCCGCCUGCUGGCCCCCCGAGACGCUCUCGGACCCCAAACCCCAAAACUCAAGGCCUUAGGGAGUCACAGAGCCUGCUGCUUUUGUUUUUGUUUCUUUUCAAUGGGUACUUUCUGAGAUUGAGCGGACAAAUCUAUAAUGUCAGCUCCGUGGGGAUGCUGCACAUCUGAUCUGAGGAGGCAUGGCUAUGUCUGUUUAAGAGGGUUAUGUUUGCCUGGAGAGUCUUAAUGAUAAUCAAUAAUAUGGUGGUGAACUGAACUGGACAGCUAGCAAAGGCCUAUUCCUGAGAUUGACACAUUCAACAGUGUUUUGGACUGUUAAAGUACCUGUCAAUAUCCAUUACUGGCUCCCUGGCCAGCAUAUUACCUCACUCUGACUACUGUCACUGUGUCCUACAUGUAUGUUCAGUGUCAUCACUAGUCAGGACUUAGGCUGCAUCUGGUGCCUUCACCCACUAGAAGACCUCUCUUUAGUGCAGCCAGGUUUUAUGACAGAAAUAUGAUCAAUGGAUCUAAGUGCAAAUCAUAUGAAGUGCAAAUGAACAAUGGCUACUUCAUGCUCAUGCUGCAAUAGCGAUAGGAAAAUCCAUAUUUGUAAAAUGACUUUAAACCGCUGUGCCACUAAAUUAAGCCUAUUUCUUUUUGGCUAAAUGGUUUUAUAUCAAGUAGAGAAGCAUUUUUGAGCAUAUUAACAUAGCCCAGAAGUCUGGGUGUUCAUCAAAAACUGUGGCUUAGCUGGCAUAUUUUCUUUAAUUGAAUUCAAUGCACUUGUAUCAAACUUUUGCACUUAAGAUCCUACUCAGGAGAAAUGUGAUUGUGCUGCUGGAGGAAAUGGUCUGGUACAAUUAUUCAUCCGACACAAAAAUGUGGUGCACUGUUGAAGUGCAUCGCACAUUCCUUUGAAACUAUUUUUUCAUUUGUCCUAACACCGUAUCACAGUGAUUUGUCUGAUUUGAGCCUUAGACAUUUUGUGUACUGAAGAAAGACACCGGUGAAGUUGUUCAUUACUUGCAAGACACAUCAUGAUGACACUGGUCUGAGUUUGUGGGAAACUGAGGUGUCUAUUUUGCCAUUCUGACGGCCUUAUGGAAUAGAAAGGAAGCGGAGUGAAUGAACAGAGAGGAAAUGACAUGUGUAUUAGUUGUUUUAAAAAAGCAAGUUGAGAAAAGUGGACCAAUGGAGGAAUUCAGUUUGAUUGACCACUUAAGAGCCCUUCAAAUGAAAUGCCUUUGAUUUCAAUGGAAUUCUGACUUCUAUUGCCUUUGAGUUGUAUGGAAAGGACACGCAAGCAUGUGCUUUUACGACUGAUCCUGUUAUUACAUUUUGUACAAAUCUGUCUGAUUGACUGCAAGCUGUUUGGUAACAAAAUCAUAACAAUUUGCAAAUAUUUUGCGAUUAUGUGAGAAAUCAGUUUGUUUGUAACAUGAAUUAUAUGUCUAGAUCAUUUUCAGUGUCAUUAAAGUUGUUUUCUGUACCGUCUA